ACCUCCGCACGCGUGCAACACCUCAGCAAUUACGAGCAAAAUGCUUUAAACCCGAAUUAAAGAGAUCUAGCCCGUCAAUAUGACUUACAUGUACGAUCCGCAACUGGAUGACAUUGAGUAUUUCCUUCGCGCCCAGGAGGAUGAGUCGAAGGUAUCUAUCCUGGGAGGACCUGCGUUGCCAGCGCUAGGCCAUGCAAUCUCCGGCGCGACGGGUGCAGCGAUAUCGAAUGUUAUCACGUACCCGUUGGCGCUAUCCAUCACGCGCCUUCAGGUCCAGCGUCAAUUCAAAGGCUCAUCGUCAUCAUCCGGCAAAGACGCUGCGACAACUGAUGAUGAAGAGUACAAAUCUAUUGCAGAUGCUUUUCAGCGGAUCUACGCAGAGGAAGGCGGCAUUGCGGCCUUCUACUCUGGUUGCACGCAGGAUACGCUGAAAUCCAUGGCUGACUCGUUCCUCUUUUUUCUGGCCUACAAUUUCAUCCGCAAAGACCGGAUGCAAAAGCACGGCGGUGCGAAGAAAUUGCCCGUCUAUGAGGAACUACUCGUAGGCAUGGCUGCAGGUGCUUUCUCUAAGUUCUUUACGACACCCAUACAACAGAUCGUCACGAGAAAACAAACUGCAGCCAUGAUUGCAAAACGGUCACCAAACGCAUCAGCAUCAUCGAAGAAACUGAGCACGCGAGAUAUUGCUAUGCAAAUUAAGCAGCAGAAGGGUCUUGCAGGCUUCUGGGCGGGCUACUCGGCGUCGCUUGUUCUGACGAUUAACCCGUCGCUGACGAUGAUGUUUCACGGUGCGUUAUUACGCCUGCUUGUCAAGCGAGAUCGGCGCUCGAACCCAGGUGCGAAGACAACAUUUUUGAUUGCAGCAUUGUCCAAGGCGAUGGUUAGUACGAUUACAUACCCCUUCUCACUUGCAAAAGCACGGGCACAAGUCAGCUCCAAGAAACCGUUGAAAGAUGAUGAGCACAUCUCUACGAAGGAGGAUUCGGCAAAGCAGGUUGAGGAAAAGGCGGCGAGGAAACUGAGGAAGGAUACAAUCUUCGAUACGGUACUGCAGAUUGCGCGGGACGAGGGCUUAGAGGGCCUCUAUCAAGGACUCGGCGGCGAGGUCAUGAAGGGCUUCUUUGCGCAUGGACUGACCAUGCUCAUGAAGGAGAGGAUCCACACGAUCGUCAUACAACUGUACUACUGGGUUCUCAAAGCCAUUCAAAAGUACCCGUCACCACAGGAACUGAAGGGUCUUGCGAGUAAGACGGCGAAUGAUGUCAAGGGUGCCGUGGUGGAGACAGCAAGCGAUGUUAAAGAGGCAGUUGGUGACGCAGCCAACACCGCCGUGGACAAUGGCAAGGCGAUCUCAAAACGUGGUCAGGAGGCGCUUCAAAAUACUAUAGAGUCCUUUGGCGAGAUAUACAGGAAAGGUAGGGAGGAUGCGGCCGAUUUUCUUGAUGACUAUCUUCCUUUCGACGACAACGACUGGUGAGUCAAAGGCCACGAGUUAAUUUCGACAAUCGGGAGGCAAGACCAAGGUGGUGACUUUGAUGACCGUGCUUUUGUAUGAGUAGUAUACAUUUAAUGUAACGCGCAUCGUUCUGGUUGGCUUUCGUGUUCUCAUGCUUUGCUGUCAAGCAACUCAAGCCGGGAUGGGGGAUGUUGCGCGCGACAUGUGUUUCACCCCACGUGAGGCUCUUGACACAAUGCGAUUUUGAGCCUCCAACCUACACUGGCUCGGAACUUUAUACGGGAUGCACACGCAUAGGAUAUGGGUUUGGGUGGUAUGCAAGAACAGC